UAUAAAGAUAACAUCCUUUGAAGAGCAGAAAAAUUCGCCGAACUUUCUAAUGCGGUUCUGAUCCCUCUGUAUAUCCAAGACAAUAACCAAUAUAAUAAACUGUUCGACUUCACUGCAGUCAAUGCUCGACGUCCAGAGGUGCUCACUUUCCUGUCUUCAAGUUUCUUCAGCCAACCUAGUCAAGACGCACACGCAGCCUAUAUCAGCGUUUUUUCAAACGAAAUUAAAAUGAGAACGACAACUGAAAAGAGAAUAGUCCCAGUUUGGCUGGUUUUCCACGAUGGCCUCUUCAUGAAUAUAGAUAUGGUCAACAAAGAUUUAUUGAAUUUCCAUUAUUUUCAACAGUCUUUUGAAAGAUACGACACGAUUUUGAAUUCUCUGGGUUACGGAACAUCCCUGACAGAAUUAUUAUCCGAGGUUUAUUCAACAUUUAGGGAGAGACUCUUGUUGAGUACAGCCUUACUUAUGGCUUAUGUGGACAUCUUGAAGUUGUGCGAUUUCCAACCAGACAUGAUUUGUGGUUAUGGCUUGGCUGAGAUCGUUGUUGCCUAUCAUGAUGGCUGUAUCGAUCAAGAUCAAUGUCUGAAAAUUGCUUAUCUGAUUGGAACAUAUUUUACUUCAUCAGAUAAUGAAGAUAAGAAAGAAAUCGACCUUGAAAUACGUUUACCAAUGUCGGCGAAGUCUCGUUUACCUGACCAGGCAACGCUUAUAGCAACCUUGAAUGAGGACACCUUUUACAUCAGAGUGCCCCAGAAUUGUCUUGAAGCUGUCAAUAAAAUAGAAGGUACAAUGACCCGUUUUAUUAAAGGAAUACCUGUGUACAACACUAACCAUAAACAACUUGACCAACUACAGAGCGAUUUAAGAGCGACAUUUCGACCAAGAGACAGGUCUUUUAGGUGGAUUUCUUCACUGGAUCUGAUGCACCCUUCUAAGACAAUCCAGAUCGAAAACAGACAGUUCGAUGAUCAAUAUGUCCAGCGAAUCCUGACCACUUGCGUUGAUAUUCCAACGGUGUUAAAGCAAUUACCUCCAGUCAAAAAGCUUCACCUGAACGGUGCCAUCCGCCGGGACCAGGUUUCCACAAAAGACCUCUAUUGCUUACCCGAUUCGUCUUCUCUCCUAACCGCUUUAGGAGAAUUAUAUUUACUGAGUAAAAAUGAGAAAUUUAGAAAUGUUAAUCAAGAUGUAUUUCCGCUUGAUUCUACCGCACCCUCAAUUGGUCACCUUGUUAGCUGGGACCAUUCUUUUGAAUGGCCAGUUCCAAGCUGGCCUCAGUUCUUGAUCCCUGAGAAAAGUUUCCUGAGUAAAACCCAUUACAUCACCGGACACUUCAGCGAAUAUUACGAUGCCGUGUCAAUUUUAUUAUUUGAAACUAUUUCUCUGAUUACGGGAUUAAACUCUUCCAUUUUCAUGCAAGUGAAUAUGUCUUCCGAGCUGCAUCGUGAAGACAUCGACGAUGCUGAAAUCCAGGUGCUUUGGCAUAGUGGCAGGGUCUCUGUGACGAAGAACGAUGAUAUACUUUUGUUUGGAAGUUUCCGGACGGGAAAUCUUUUUGAAAAGUUUUUCCUCGAUAUCGAAGAAAUAUUUUUAGAUGAAAAUAUCGUGAAAUACGAAGUGCUGUGGCAAAAUGAUUUAUUAGAUUUCAUGAACACCAUCUUUGAGUAUGGCUACUCUCACUUCCGGACACAUUUAACCGCUGUAAUAUUCGACCCGGCAUUACACAACGAAGGACUGCACCGACAUACUUUCUUGUUAGCAGCAUUUGAACUGGAGACCGGUAUUUGUCAGUCUGGCGGCCUGGUGUUACAAUUCAGUCCGCCCCCCGUUGCGCUUUAUCUGAAGGAUGUGGAAUCUCCCAAACACGAAGACUUAUUUGUUGAGAGUAUGCUGGUCUACGAUAUCUCCAAACAAACAGCCGCCACCGUCUUAAUAUAUUCUGGAUUCCAUUCUGUAACAGGCAAUGCCAACAUUGGUAUCUCACUGGUUUUAGAUGAACGUUUUUACAAUCGAUUUAUUGAAGUUGAUCGACCAAUCAAACAGACCGACUUGACCAAGGUCCUCCCGUACCUUAUUUCCUAUCACCUGCUUCACAGAGUCCUUCAGUUGCAGCCAGGACAGACUCUGCUGAUUCAUCCACCUUAUGAUGUGGUCUAUCUGUUUCUUAUUGAAAUGGCAUCGGCUUUCUGCAAACACAUUUACGUAUCGUCUUGGAGCCUGGAACACAGCAGUGAUUUAGAAGAGAUGUUCCCAGGCGUUUCGUCUGUCUGGGGCUUGUACUUGAAUAAUAAAAUAUUGUCUUUGACGAAAGGCUUGGGUUGCGAUGCUGCCAUUACAUCUGGAACUGAUAUCAAUAAUGCCUUCAUCACUCUCGCAGACAAUGGAAAACUUGUCCUCUUAGGAAUUCCAGAUCCAUCUGAAUAUAUUGGUAUGAGUGCGUUUCUAAGAAACCUCACGCUUCAUGUCACAGAACCUUUCGGUGCUGUCUUUGAGUUCUUGAAACAAGAUGAUUCCGCUUUACAUUCGGAAUUGGUAAACAGAAUUCUAAACGCCGAAUCUUUUCAGUUCUGUGAUGGCUAUUCACUGGAGCAGAGUUUUUUGUACACACGGUUGCAUAUUGGUGAAUUUGAAACCCCCGUCAGCUUGACUAAGAUACAAAACUUCUUUGAAUCUUUUGAAGACAAUUCGGAAUUUGUCAGUAAAUUUGCUGGCAGGAGUUGGGAUUUUUUGGAAAAUAUAAAGCAAACACUGAGUUCGUUUCGGAAAAUUUUUCAAUCGCCCGUCGCCAUUUCUUGGAGUGACAAGACACUACAGCAGUCUCCUAUGAAACCAUCCAUAAUCGUCACUCUUCCUGAAAGUCCAUCAUUGGAUAAUGAAGAUCCUCCCUUUGAAAAUGUUCGUAGGAAUCUGGCCCAAUGGAGGAAAUCCCCAAAACUCAAUAGAAAUGUACCAUCCCCUUUGAAGAUCACAUCUUUUGCUGAUGAGUAACUGUUGGUUAUGAGUCCACCGAAACCUGAUUUUUCACCUUGUAUUAAAGAAUUAAUGGAACGGGGACAAUUUAAUGCCUGAAAAAAGGAAAAAAAUAUGUAUUGAAUAAAUAUUUAUUUGUGUCUAAA